AGUCGAGCACAGCUGCCUAGUGCGACCAGCGGCAAACAUCAAUGACUAACAGACUGCACCGUUAAAUGCAAAACCGCAGGCCGCUGUUACAUGACCAAAAAAAGAAAAGAAAAGUCGAGUAGACAAGAAAGAAGGUGGGUGCAGUUGAACCAAACAAUAUCUGUUCUAUCUCUAUAUUGGUUCUGACCAAGUGGGUAUUGUUCUACAAAUGGAUAAUGGAGACUGGGGCCAUAGGAUGACUACUCCUGUUACCUUGAAUGUGGGAGGCCACUUGUACACCACCAGUUUAUCGACCCUGCAGCGCUAUCCAGACUCCAUGCUGGGCGCCAUGUUCAGGGGAGACUUCCCCACAACUCGCGAUUCCCAAGGGAAUUAUUUCAUUGAUCGGGACGGGACACUUUUCCGGUACAUCCUGAACUUCCUGCGAACAUCCGAGCUCACCCUGCCCAUGGAUUUCACAGAGACAGACCUCCUGAGGAAAGAGGCAGAUUUCUACCAGAUCGAACCUUUGAUCCAGUGCCUUAAUGAUCCCAAGCCACUGUACCCUCCUGACAUCUUUGAGCAGGUCGUGGAGCUCUCUAGCACUCGGAAACUGUCGAAAUACUCAAACCCAGUCGCUGUUAUCAUCACACAGCUAACCAUAACUACGAAGGUUCACGCCCUGCUGGAAGGUAUUUCCAACAACUUCACCAAGUGGAACAAACACAUGAUGGACACCAGAGACUGCCAGGUGUCGUUCACCUUCGGACCAUGUGACUAUCAUCAAGAGGUGUCCCUAAGGGUUCACCUCAUGGACUACAUUAUGAAACAAGGCUUCACCAUCAGGAACACGCGUGUGCAUCACAUGAGUGAGCGUGCAAACGAGAACACGGUGGAGCAUCACUGGACUUUCUGUAGACCAGCUCACAAAGUUGAAGACUGACUUACAGCUCAGUUGUUGUGGAUGGCACUUGUCUUUUAUAUUACACAAAUCAUUGUCAAAAAAAGAACAAAUCUGACCUCUAGUUUCAGUAAUGUUUCACUAAUAAGGAUUUUUUUCUGAUAUUGAUCAGUGUGUUACAGUGUAUAAACUUCAAAGUCCAGACAGCAUAAAAACAAUAAAUGUGAAUUGUUGAUCUGUUCACCUGUUUGAGUGCAUCAGUGUUAUCAGACUAAAACACUUUCUUUGUGCUACCACUAAAUAUUGGGCAUUACGAAACCUAAACAGCAUUUGUCAUUAAGUAGCAAGUAGGCCCUCUAGUUAUGAUUUUAUUCAUUUAGGUAACACUGUAUUAUACCCCAAUGAUGCUAAAAAUGUGGGUACAUUGAUUUUUACAGGAAUAAUUAUGAUUUAAUGCUGGUCUAAUACCUGUAUUUGUUUAUCCCAAAAUUACUAAUAAAUAAUUGCAGGUAGCCAUGAUUUCAGACUUGGUGCCGACUUAUGGUAUCAAAUCCACAUCUUAUCAUGCAUUAAUGUAAAUUUAGGCCACAAUGUGGGAGGAGUCAAAAAGAGGAUAUUGUAAAAUCAGUCUGGCUCAGAAGUUAAUUUGUGUUCUGGACUAGAGGCCCUGAACAAAGAACAUUUUUAGAUCCCAAGGUGUCAGGAGUGUACUUUUUAAAAAUAAUAAUAACUAUAAUUAUCUUUAGCCCGAAUUUUUUUCUGGUGAGUUGACAGUAGAUUUUAAAAUUAGUCUCUUAGCUCUCUAUUAUCUCCGUGUAUGGUACUGUUUCUGAAGAUCCUAGUAGUUGUUGCAUGUGUCUGUCUUGUAUAUGUAUAUGUAUUUGCUGUGUGCGCUUUGCAGUAUGAUGUGAUGCUGUUACACUUUAGAGCUCAUAUCAACAGUGAUGUGUUCGGUCAUUCCAGCCAAAAUAAACCCAUUUGUGUAUUUGUCA